AUGCCACCCCACAAGUCUACAACGUCAGCUCCACCGCUUCCUCUCCCCACCGAGAUCCUCUCACUUGUCUUCGCCUACCUUCUUGAUACCGACCGAAAAUCCCUCGCGCGAUGCUGCAGAGUGUCCCACUCCAUCUUCAGCAUCGCCGCACCCAUCUUAUAUCGACGAAUCAGCAUCUCCAAUGUUCUUCGUAGGGAUUCCAGAGUCGAUCAUUCCACUGACCGCUACACAGCUGCCGGGAAAGAAAAGACCAACACUCGAAAGAAGAAGCUCCUUAGGAAUGCCGAAGUGGUGACUUUCGAUGAUCAUCAUGCUACUUGGUGUGGUAACAAAACCUUCAAGUAUCCCAAACUCAAGAUCUUAGUCUUAAACUUGGCUCUUGUCGGAUUAGGAUCGGUGUUACAUUCAAAUGAUAUCUUGGAGAAACAAUGUAGCUUGGUGAAAUGCCUUGAACCCAAGAAGUUAGUAUUGAACAAUAUGAGUCUCAUCAAUAUUCAAACAUUCGACAUGUUUGGUGUCCCUCAUAAACUCUUUGGUUUUAUCGAAGAAAUCACUCUUAUCGCCCCGCUCCUUCCCGUCAAACCUCGAACGAUCUACGGUGGAUUCGCAACAAUGCCCAAACUCAAGAAAUUAGUCUGGAUCUUCCGUACAGUCUCCCCAGGUCCCAGAUGGGUUCCAGGAAUUCAUGAUUUGUUAGGGGAGAGACAGAUGUCAAAACUCGAUAGAGACUUACAAGCAUUAGCAAGUUUCAUGAAGGGGAUCCCGGUGGACGUCCCUACCUUUAUCGUCAACUCAGGUUCAAUGCAUCAUAGAUAUGUUGGUGAGGAUACAUGGAAUGAAAGAAGAAUUCAAGAUAAUUUCGCAAACAAGCUUAAACAGGCCAUGAUCGCGGAGAAACUCGACGACUGGGGACAUCGAAAUGAAGCCAAUCAGUUGGGAAUCGAAGAGAGAAGAAAUAUCGCCAUCGGAAAGGCUGACUCAAUCAAAAUAUUGACGAUGAAAGAAUACCUUGAAAAUCACGACUGGACGGGAGAAUUCGACUACAGGGAAGCGAAACUUUGGCUCGCCUAG